AUGUGUGGCGAGGCUGAAGAGUCUUUGGAGCAUGCUCUCUUCUUCUGUUCCACGGUAGUUCCGGUUUGGCUCCGCUCACCCUUUCCCUUGGACUUUCGUGAUGGUUGUCCGGCAGGGUUUACGUUUGAGAGCUGGUUCAUGCAGUUGGCCUCGUUAGAUGAUGAGUGGGUGCUGGCUGUAGUUCUUACGUUGCUGUAUACGGUGUGGGCACGGCGUAAUAUGUGGGUCUUUGAUGAUCGUUGGUUAACCUUGGAGCAAGUCCUGUUGCGUGCAAAUUCUAUGCGUGUGGUGCCGUUGGAGCCUGAUAUUUCCGUGUCUGCUGCUCACGUUAACCGCCUUGGUGUUGGGAAUGUGUGGCAACCUCCAAGUGCUGGUGUGGUGAAGAUUAAUACUGAUGCGUCCUAUACAGCUUUGGAGGCGGUGGGUCUCGGGAUGGUGGUGCGGAAUUCGCAUGGGGAGAUCCUUGCUUGUGUGUCGGCGAAGCGAGACAGGGCCUCAUCAGUUGCUGUGGCAGAGUCUUUGGCUCUCCGAUGGGCUAUGAUGCUUGCGAUUGACUUGGGGUUUAUGGCUGUUGUCUUUGAAACGAAUUGUGUUGUUCUCCAUGGUUCUUGGCAACGUAAAGGGAAGGAUAGAUCUUAUUUGGGUUUAGUUAUUGCUGAUUGUUAUAAUAUGCUUUCGUCUUUUCGUUCUUUCCAAUUUGUGCUCGUCCGUAGAACUACUAAUAAAGCUGCGGAUUGUUUAGCUAAGUUUGCUAUUUCUAGCUUUUGUAAUGUUUGGCUUGAGGAAUGCCCAGCUGUGUUGGAGCCUAUCCUAUCUGUUGAUGUAUACUUUGCUAUUUUUGAUUAA